AUGUCGAAAAGGAGCUAUAUUGAUGAUCCACUGAUCCCACAUCCACCAAAGCGUCCCCGCACGAUUCCCAGAGAUCAUGUCGAUCAAAUAUCCAGCCUAAGUGACGAGCUUCUAAUCCAUAUACUGUCAUUUCUUCCUAUUCCAUCUUUGCUUGCCUGUCAACAACUAUCACGCCGAUUCCAUGCCUUAGCUGGAGACGCGGAACUCUGGAAAAGGCAGUACUACUCUCGAUGGGUACGACCUCGAGCACGUCGGUUGGCUAACGCUAGGCGUACCCUUUUCUCGCACCCUGAAAUCGAAUAUUCGCCCAGAGUUUCAACCUGGCUGGACCAUGGUCACUUGGCAAAGGAGGGAAUGUCCACAAACUGGAAAAGACAGUAUCGUCUGAGACACAAUUGGUCACGGGGUGUUUGCCGGGUCACUGAAAUAGAAUUUCCUCAAUCGCCGCGUCGACAGAUGCUGGUAAGCUUUUGUGCUGGUAUUGUAUUCACAGCGGAUUCGGAUCAUGGGUUAAGGGCUUGGCCCGCCGAGAAACCCGAACAUUGUCUAGCGAGGAUUCCUUUGGCAAACUCGCCGUCGCCAGCAUUCCCUGCUCCUACAGCAAUGGCGGCGGCGAGCGGCCCACAGCAGGGCCUCGUCGAUGUUACACUUGGUUUUGAAGAUGGCCGUUUCAACAUCUAUACUCUGGACACAACUACCUUGCGGCUGGGAGUACGCUUUUCCUGCGUUGAAUGUGCCGAUGGAGCCAUCUCUACAAUGGCUUCAUGCUUUCCUUUCCUUCUUUUAGUCUCUGAACAUAAGGUUCUAUCUUUGUAUGAAACAAAACAAGACAUGGAUGGCGCUGGCGGGUUAUUAGCCCCACGCCUACUAACGUCCCUGAAGGCAGACAGUAUCUUGGAACCAAUAUCGCUAUCGAUUCGUGCUACGGGUCCCAAAAUAAUAACAUCUAUAGUGUACAGUUUUUACCAUAUUGGAUGUGGUUGGUCACUAGGAAUUCAAGAAUUGCAAUUCGGCUUGGAUGGUCAACAAAUAAGUUCGCGGCUCGCUACCACAGCGGAUUGUCACUAUUCCACGGUAUCACCGGGUUUUCGCAGCAGGUCAAAAAUGGGGUUUCGCUCCGCCUCAUAUGGGACAGGUCCGGGAAGCAGGCAAAAUACCACACAAUCCGGACCUUCAAUAUCACACCACGAGCCUCCGACUUCAGUGUCCUACUCUCACCCUUAUCUUUUGACUUCCCAUGCGGACAAUACCUUGACCGUAUAUCUUGUGGUCUCUACUUCAACAAGCCUUUCCGUGAAAGGCUGCCAGCGUCUCUGGGGGCAUACAUCCUCGGUCUCAGCGGUGCAGGUUAGCGAUCGCGGCAAGGCAGUUUCGGUCAGUUCCAGAGGAGAUGAUAUCAGGAUAUGGGAACUUGAGUCGCUGGUCUCUUCGCUUGGGGGACAAAAAGCAUUAAGAGAUGGGAACAGCAUCAGAAUCAGCCCCGAAAACAGACUAGGUCGGCGACACGAUGGCCUUGGCAUGGUGCCAGAGGCAUCCCUUGGUGAAGCCAAUGCAGCCCGGUCGAUCGAUAUUCCCCACAGAUUAGCUAGGAUGCGCGGUUGUCUUGGCUUUGACGAUGAGCGAGUUCUUCUGCUUCGAGAGAAGACAGCUUGGACACAGAUGCUCGAAUGUUAUGACUUCACGUGA